AUGGCUUUUAGUGAAUUUGAAGGUAUCAAGUUCAUUGAGACACCUGCUGCUCCGCAGCAGGAAGCGUCCAAUAGCAAGUACGGGGUCAAAACGACAGACUCACCUGCUAUCAAGAAUGCUCCCCUCCCAGCAGACGGUCCUUCGUCGAAACACUUCUCAAAUGGAAUUGUCUUGGCGCUUAUCUUAGGAAUUCCAUUUUAUGUUACUAGAAAACUAGGAGGCGGUCUGAAGACAUUUGUCUUUUUUUUCAUCCUUCUCGUCCUUCCGAUCCUCAUGGCCUACUGGACCCUAGCUUCAACGUACUCUCCCCGUCUUAAUGAGAAAUGCAAGCUUCCAGGCAAGCCAAUUGAGCACUACCUGACCUUCCACGAUGAAAAGUUGGCUCAAAGGUAUCAUGGCAGAAAGAUACCCAUGGAAACUUUCCACGAACUCUACUUUGCCGACAAGGUCUCCUUCAACGGUGAUGCCCUCGAAAUCUUGGAAUACAGACACGACUGGGCUCAGUUUUCCUUCACUUUGUCGCUUUUCAGAUUCUUUCUGCUGGGCAUGAUUCCCGAAGUCAUCAUGCACACCAGAUCUCAAGAUGAGGAACAGGUCAGAGAUCACUACGAUCGUGGCGAUGAUUUCUAUGCGUGGUUUUUGGGGCCAAGAAUGGUUUACACCAGCGGCGUUAUUUCCGAUAUCACCAAAGAAGAAUCCCUCGAGACUCUUCAGGAUAACAAGUUGAAAGUUGUGUGCGACAAGAUUGAUCUCCAAGCUGGAGAACAUCUGCUUGAUCUUGGCUGUGGAUGGGGUACGUUGGCGACAUAUGCUUCCAAAAUCUAUGGUGCCAAGGUUACCGGAAUCACGCUGGGAAGGAACCAAACAAAGUGGGGUAACGAGAAACUCAAACUGCAAGGCAUCCCUGAAGGUCAAUCUAAAAUCUUGUGCCUCGACUACAGAGACACCCCGAUGGCUACCCCAGACGGCAAAAAAUAUGACAAGAUUACCUGCUUAGAAAUGGCAGAGCACGUUGGAAUCAGAAAAUUCGGAUCUUUCUUGGGCCAAGUUUAUGACAUGUUGGACGACGAUGGUUUAUUUUAUCUUCAAUACGCUGGCUUGAGGAAGUCCUGGCAAUACGAGGACUUGAUUUGGGGUCUUUUCAUGAACAAGUACAUUUUCCCAGGAGCUGAUGCUUCCACUCCGCUAGAUUUUGUUGUUUCUAAAUUGGAAGCAACAGGGUUCGAGGUAGUUUCCAUUGACAAUAUUGGUGUGCACUACUCUGCUACCCUUUGGAGAUGGUACAGGAACUGGAUGGGCAACAAGGACGCAAUUCUCAACAAAUACGGCAACAGAUGGUUUCGAAUUUGGGAAUACUUCCUAGCUACUUCCACCAUUAUCUCUAGACAAGGAUCCGCAACAUGCUUUCAAAUCGUCUUGAGAAAGAACCUCAACUCGUAUCGCCGUAUUGAAUACGUACCAAAGCAGAAAGGGCUCAUCGCUCCCAUCAAGGAAGGCUACCAGAACUGGUUCAAAUAA